UCUCUCUCUCUCUCCUCCCAAAAAAAGCGAACAAGAUUGGCUAAGAGAGGGAGAUCGAAGACGAGAAAGAAGAUUGAUAAGAUAGGAGGAGAAGAGAAAAAGGGAUGGAUGAUUGAUGCCAUUUCGCGUCGGAUUCCUUUUGAACCCUUCGAUUCUCUUUUGAUGAGGUAGUUCCAGCCAAAUUGUCUAUGGCAUCAAUGUUUAGUGAAUUGCUUCUACAAUUAGUAAAGAGAGACUGUAUUAGAAGCAGUGGCAGGGCUUGAUCUUUUCUCUGCCAAUCUAUAAUCUAGACAAGCAAAUAUCUCUGCUUUGCAAACGAAUUGUGGAUUAACGCAUUUAACAAAGAUGAGAAAGUGGAUUGUUAUGAGAAAAAAAAAAAGAAGUUAUAACCAAAUGCCUUCUGUGGGAAUCAUGUAAUCCUAAUUUCUUACUUUAUCAAAAUUUAGAAAUAUUCUUUUUUCUUUCCUCCUCGCUUAAUAAUCAGAUAGGUGUUAUUGGGCAUGUGGACAGUAAACAUUUGAAACAUUUUCUCCAUGAUUCUUCAAUGAUUCAGCUGCUUAGGAUGAUGGUGUUUUACUGAAUAUUAAUGUGGACAUGGGGGUUAUUGGAGUCAGAUCUCGCCCUACUUGCGGAUGCUUUCCUGGUAGCAGUUGCAGGUCUUAGGAUGAUGAAAUUUACUGUGCCUUUUUCUGUUCUCACAAGUACAAGUUUUGAUAAAGGAGGAUUUUCUUUUCUGAGACAUACAAGAUGACCAACUUUAAGCUGGGAAAGAAGCAAAUUCAUGCAAGUUCAUCUUCUGGUUUUCAGUCGGAAAGGAUGGAUGAAUCACCUUCUUUACCUAUGGAUUCCAAGUCUUUCAAUCCAAAGAAACAGGUUCAACCUCCGUCUAAAGAAAAAUUGCCACAUGGAAAAUCUUCUCUUAUACUUCCAAACAGUGACAUAGAUGAACUACUGGAGUGUCCUGUCUGCAGCAAUGCAAUGUUUCCACCUAUUCAGCAGUGUCCGAGUGGGCACACACUGUGCUUCUCCUGCAAAAACAAAGUGAACAACAAAUGCCCAAUUUGCCGAAAGGAAAUCGGCAACAUACGGUGCUUGGCACUGGAAAAGCUUGCUGUAUCCCUCCACCUCCCCUGUGCAUACCAUCAUCUGGGCUGUGAAGAAAUGUUUCCCUAUUACAGCAAGUUGCAGCAUGAAACACGGUGUAUUUACCGGCCUUACACAUGCCCGCAUCCAGGCUCUGAUUGUCCCUUCACCAGCGACAGUCUUGCUCUUCUAUCACAUUUGAGGGAACGCCACAAAGUGGACCUUCAAGCAGGAUGCACUUUCAACCACCGUUACGUGAAACAGGAUCCAUGUUCAGUUGACAGUUGUUCAUGGACACUAACGCUUUUCAAUUGCUUCGGCCAGUACUUCUGUCUCCAUUUUGAAGCCUUCCUGCUUGGAUGUGAACCGGUGUACAUGGCAUUCCUCCGUUUCAUGGGCGAGGAGUCGGAAGCAAGGAGGUACAACUAUUGCCUUGAAGUUGGAGGCCACGGGCGAAAGCUGAGAUGGCAGGGCGUGCCGCGAAGCAUCAGGACUCACCACAGGAUGGUCCGCGACAGUCAUGAUGGCCUCAUAGUUCACCGGAGCCUGGCCCUAUACUUCUCAGGUGGCGACCAGAAGGAGUUGAAGCUUAGAGUUUCUGGCAGGAUUUGGAGGGAGAUGUGAGAAAGAAAGGCCCAGGAAAUCUCGUCAUUUUGUAAAGAUUUUUCUUUUUCUGUGAGCUUUUUCUUCGUCUCCCGCCGACUGGUGUAAUUUGCAGAAAUAUAACACAAUUCUCUGCUUCAGGCAUUUUGCUAUUUGAUUUGGUUAAUCUCAUUUAUCACAUUAAAUAUUAUUAGUUCA